ACCCAGCUUCAGCCAUUAAGAAUGAUUAUUGGCUAAAGCAAUUCCAAACAGGAAACAUGUUUGACAUGUUCGUGAUAUUGAAGUUGAAUGGCUCCAUUUUCAGAAAACCGCAUCUUCGCUAUCACCCCACACCUAUCGUCUUGUGAGCGUGAACCUGGCACCAGCGAGAUACUGGCCAGGGGGGCAAUCGGAUCAGGAGUCCCCAGAAGUGGCGAUGGAGGAGGUGGUGGUGGUGGAGGGUCCUCUGACCUGUGGUCGGCCUCGGCAGCUCAAAGCUGCCAGGUUUUGCUGACGAUUAGGGGUCGCAGGCGGAGGGAUUGUGAUGGAGGCGUUGCUCAACCCAUGAUACUCGCCCGCACUCCCGGCUUGAACCCGGCGUCGCUGCGGCCGCGCCUUCGGCAGCGGGAACUUGGGCGGAGCCAUGGCGGUCCCUCGCCCCCAUCCCACCCCUCCAGGACACCCGCUUCUCAGGGCGGAGGCCCAGGCGAGUGCCGGGCCGCAUCACUCACAAGGACAGCGCGAAGCUCUCUUCCUCUAGGGCGUCCAUCGCCGCCGCCGCCGCCGCAUCCACCCGCAGAGCGAGCGGGCCCGCCGGCCUCCUAUCCCGUCCGCGGCCCGGGCCCAGCCUCGGCUCUGCUCCGUAGAGCCGCAACCCGCAUCUGGGAGGCCUCGCCCGCUCACGGCGCAGCCGGGGUAGGCCCUACGUGCGAGGCCCGGGCCUCAGGCUCCCCUGGAGCGGCCACGCGCCUGCGGGGCCCUCACAACCAGCCAGGUCUCUCAGAGUGCGUCGCGGCCGCAGCGGGGUCCGGGCGUCAGUUAACUACAGCCCCGCGCCGCGCCCCGCCUCCCGUCACCAUGGCCACCAAAACCCCUUCCACCGCCUCGUGCUUCCCGGGAGCCAAUCCCAGGCGCGCGCUAUUUGACGCCGUGGGCGGGGCAAAGAUGGGGAAAGGAAGUGAGGGGUAGCGGUAGAGGCCCGUUGGGGAACCCUAUGGGACUCAGUGGGACGUUUGGGGUUAUUGGAGUGUUCU